UGCGGUUCCCGCGCCACCAACUGAACGUUGCGUCACUGAGGUGACGUCACAAAGCCGGCGCCAUAAUUCCGCCCUGCAUCGGCUGCCCGCGGCUCGAGAUUAAUAACAACAACAACGGCGUGUUUGGAUCAAACGGGGCACAAGAAUUGAGGCCGCCUGACUGCCUCUGUCUGAGCAUAUCACUUUCUGUACCAAAGAAAUGGUGAUGGAGAAGCCAAGUCCCCUGCUGGUAGGGCGGGAGUUUGUCAGACAGUACUACACUCUUCUAAAUAAAGCUCCAGACUUCUUACACAGGUUUUACGGAAGAAAUUCUUCUUAUGUACAUGGUGGACUGGACGCCAGUGGAAAGCCCCAGGAAGCGGUUUAUGGCCAAGCAGAAAUCCACAAGAAGGUGAUGUCCCUCCAGUUUAGUGAAUGCCGCACCAAGAUUCGGCACGUGGAUGCUCAUGCUACUCUGAGCGAUGGGGUUGUUGUUCAGGUCAUGGGUGAACUUUCAAAUAAUGGACAGCCAAUGAGAAAGUUCAUGCAGACCUUUGUUCUUGCCCCAGAAGGUUCAGUUCCUAACAAGUUUUAUGUUCACAAUGAUGUUUUCCGUUACGAGGAUGAGGUCUUUGGUGAUUCCGAGGCAGAGAUGGAAGAAGAAUCUGAAGAGGAAGUUGAGGAGGAGCAAGAGGAAAUGCAGCCGUCUCCUGAGCCUGUCGCAGAAAACACAAACAACUCUUAUUACGAUGCACAUCCUGUGACCAAUGGCAUUGAAGAGUCAUUGGAAGAGCCUAUUCCUGAGCCUGAACCUGAAACAGAGUUAAAGAACGAAGAGCUCAAACCAGAACCAGAAGAGAAGAGCCUGGAGGAACAUGAGGAGAAGUCUCCAACACCACCACCCGUUGAACCGACCAUUCUUCCCCAAGAACCACCCAAGGCUUUCUCCUGGGCAUCAGUGACCAGUAAAAACCUGCCUCCAAGUGGCACUGUCCCAUCAUCAGGAAUUCCUCCCCACGUAAUAAAAGCUCCUGCUUCGCAGGCAAGAGGUGAAAAUAAGGCUGACUCUCAAAUUCAGUCUCCCCGUGUGCGAGAACAGCGUCCCCGUGAAAGACCAAGUUUUCAGCCCAGAGGUCCAAGAGCAGGACGAGGUGAGACAGAACAAGGGGAGUCGGAUAACCGUCGUAUGUUCCGCUAUCCUGACAGCCACCAACUUUUUGUAGGCAACUUGCCACACGAUAUUGACGAAAGUGAAUUAAAAGAGUUUUUCAUGAGUUAUGGAAAUGUGAUGGAACUCCGGAUUAAUACCAAAGGCGUUGGCGGGAAGCUUCCAAACUUUGGCUUUGUUGUGUUUGACGAUGCUGAACCUGUUCAGAGGAUUUUGCAGGCAAAACCAAUUAUGUUCCGUGGAGAAGUAAGGUUGAAUGUAGAAGAGAAGAAGACCAGGGCUGCCCGUGAAAGGGAAACUCGAGGCUCUGAUGACCGCAGAGAGAUACGCCGCAACGAAAGAGGAGCUGGAGGACCCCGUGGAGUCAUUGGUGGAGGAAUGAUGCGUGAGAGGGAUGGUAGAGGUCCUCCUCUCCGUGGUGGGAUGACUCAAAAGCUGGGCACAGGAAGAGGUGCUGCACCUAUGGAUGGCCGUUUCACUGGGCAACGUCGCUGAAAUAAGUCUAAUACAGUUAUACCUACAGUGGUACAUUGUUCGUCGUGUUUGCAUUCUUGUUAAUUUUUAGCUUUGGAAUGUGACACAGCCUUUAAUUUUUCUUCCUCAUUUCUUUGAUGUGAAAACAUCUUUUUUGUUACGUUUCAAUUGAGGUGAACUUUCUUUUCCCAGUUUCUCAGCAGGAUUUCAACUGUUAAUUUGUGCAUCCCAACUUUGGAAAUUUAAGGACUGAGAUGACCAGUAGCACUGCAAAUAAUCACAUGGACCCUGAAAAGCCUUGUCCUAGUAGGUUCUCUUUUGAAACCCCUUUGUUGCACAUGGCUAGUAUUACGGUUUCACCGUUGGAAACAAAUGUGCAGUGCUGGUCGCCUACAAAUCCAUUUCUUUUAUGGCUUUGGCUCAAAAACAAACAAUGGUUAUGCACUCGUCAAAAUGCACUAAUCCAUUAGAAAUAGAUCCUAAUGAUGGCAUCUGGUUUGACCAUGAACUACAUGGCAAAGGCAUGCAAACCAUAACAGAUAUAAAUUCUCCAAUAGUUUUGGUUACUUACUGAACUUGCAGUGUUUCAAUACUCCAGAGGGCAUAAUCAGAAUUACUAGGGAAAGUUUCCUACAUGAAGAUUUUUUUUGCACUUGACCCUUGAUAUGGAGAUGGCUGGCUGCUCAACCUACUCCAUCCCCUCCGAAUCCCCUUCUUCAGCUUUGUACAGUAAAAAAAAAAACAUACUCAAAUGUAUUAGCUCUCUGGUAAUGUAAUAAGCAUGAUGGUGCCUUCUACUAAUACAUCAUUCCAGUCAUUGCUGGUGUUUUUUAUUUUUAUUUUCCUUUGUACAGUGAAUGAAUUACUGUGCUGCAAAGCCAAACAGCUUCAAUACAUUCAAGAAUCAUUGAAAGAAAAAAACGCCUGUCUAACCAAACUGCAGUAUAUGUACAUCAGUAGAAGUUAAGAGUUCCUGUUUUUCCUACAGUUCAGUUCCGUUGGUAUUUACUUACCAAAAGUGUGGGGUAUACUUUGUUGUAUGAGAUGAAAUGGUAAUGUCUGUGUCAAUAGCUGUAAGUGUAGCUCCUAGAAGUGCAUACGUAGUUCUGGACUGUUUGUAUAUGCUGCCCUGCAAAUGUCCAGCUGCAUUUUCUGUUCACUUGUUCGCUCUGUUGAUCCUUGGAGCAGAGGAUGUAAUUCAAUGCUUGUGAGCAGCAGCUCUUAAGUGUCUGCAUUUUACAGUACCUCACAGGGUUUUUACAAGAUUUUUAACAUGCACAUUGCUCCCUCAAUGACCGGGAGGGUUUAAUUCCUUCACCUCAUUUAGUAUCCAUCGAUCUCUGCUGGACUUCUGAAAUGUACCGUAUCAUGACGGUUGCCUGCCAAAAUGCACACAUUCCAACAUAUUACCACAGAAGAUACUGAUCAGCCUGGUGCAGUCAUGUUCAGUGAUGCAAAGAAGGUAAAAGUGUGAACACAUAAAGCUGCUUCUGGGCAUGUCGGACGAACUCCUUCCGUUAAGGAAAACUUAACAGUACACAUGAGGUAACACGCUGCUUUGACUUAUGCAACUGUUUGCUGAGCCUCUUCUAAAACGAUUGUGCACAAUGUUUUUCCAGUCCGCAAGGCAAAAUAAAACGUUUUUUUUGGGUUUAUUUUUUUUAUUUUUAUGUCUUGAGGUCUAUUGUGUUUAAUGGCAAGUCUUGCACUAUUUCAUACAUUUUCUGGGACACAGAUUUCUCAUGGUUAUAAUUUUAUAUACAUAUAUAUAUUUUGUGUUAUAAAUUUUUACAUUUGCAAUCUGUUACCUGGACGUAUUGUACUUGAAUUCCUUAGAAGAUACAGCAAAUCUUGGACUGGUUAUAUCUUCAUUUAAAUUUAGCAGCUGAAGUAAUUUGCCACCCGUUGUGUACUUCUUUUUUUUUUUUUUUCGUUUUAACUCCCUGUCACCAUCUCAAUUGUGUUACGACAAAGGGGAACCUGGACUAAGCAAAAGUGUAAUGUAACAUUCUAGAGAAGCAUCAGAGCCAUUACGCUUAAGUCAGCUUCAAGUUUCUAUAUCUUGAAUACAUAUCUGAAAAGUUUACUUGGUGAUUGUUCACCUACUCUGUGUACAUUUCAGUGUUGUCUUUUCAGUAAAUGUACCUCACUAACCAAGUUGUAGUUUCCCUUCCAUUAAUGUUCAUUCUUGUUUAGGUGUUAUGUUUUGUUUUCAAUAGUAGCCAAUCAUUGAAUUUCUAUUGACACCCUCUGCAUUCCCAUAUUUUGACUACAUAGUUGUUGGAGACGUGCUGAAUGAUCUCUCCCGUCUGUUUGCUGUAAUAUGUUGAACAUUAUAUGCCAGUGGACACUAGUAACUGUGUUGCUGAUGGAGAGUAUUUUUACUUCAGUUUCCAUAUUUUGAAUGUGUUCAAGCUAAACCAAUAAACUACUGAUGUCUUCA